CCUACCAUGCUCACAGUCCCAGAGAUGAUACUUUUGCUACCUUCCCUACUUUGUGCCUUAGCUGGCUAUGUUUCUGCUUCUUUGUCAGAAACUUCAGAUCUCACAGAUCUCUAUCCUCCACUUUGGAAGGAGUGUCCUGGCCAGUUGAGUGACUACAGUGUAGAGGAUGGGGUAUACAUCAUUGAUCCAUGGCUAUAUACUGAAAGAAUGGGGAUGUACAAAAUCUUAAUUACAUUGACAGCUGAAUAUUUUGAAAGAUUUGCACCAAAUAAUGAAGCAAACAUUUUAUGGGGACUGCCUCUACAGCAUGGAUGGCAAUAUGAAACAGACAGAUUAACUGAUCCUACCAAUGAGACUAAGUGUGGCAGACAAAAUGGAGACCCUACAUGCAUUUCUGUGGACAGCUGGUGGGCCUGCAAGAAUUACUAUCUAUCUGUGCUACCCUUCUUUGGUGCAAUUGAGGCUGGAGUAUUAGGGAUCUCAUCAGACCAAGUGAAAGUUUUGCCACCACCAAAGGACCAGAUACAUUUCUGUUAUGAUGUCACUGAUUGUCGUUCAUCCUUCCCAGCUGCUAUGACAAAAUGGAAAAUGUUUUUUCAGCAAAUAAAGAAACCUUCCAAAAGCUUAGAUGACUUGCUGAAAUACUUAUGGGAUGCACAUGUAACAAGCCUUGAAGCAGCCAGAUACAUUUUUGACAAUAGAUAUCUAUAUAUCAGCAAGCCAGAGUCAGAUUUUGCAAAAAGUUGGGUAAAGGCUGUGGAUUAUAUUGCAGCAAGCCGCUUUGAAACAACUUUGAAGAAAACUACUAGAUUCCAGAAGGCUCUGCCUCCAAGACUGCUCAAGCAUGAUGACCAUCUCCUCUCCAUUAAUGAUUUCACUGAUUCCCAGAACAGAAUCUUGUUUUUGCUUGAUCUUUUAAACAAGAUGGAUGAUGCUUCAGGACACAAACUUUUGACUUGGUUCAGAAAUUUCAUGAAGUCUAAACUUCUAAGGAAGAUAGUCAAUGCUAUAAUGGAAGAGGGUAUUAAAAACUAUAAUAUAACACCUCAGGAAUUGGAUAUUAUUUUUUCACAAUACAUAUGAUUAUCCUAAUUCAAGUUUCUUGGAGAAAAGUCAUUUCAGUAAUGAACUUUGACAUCACCAUAUAAUUCCUGGGCCAUCUGGUGAUUUGGGUUUAGAUUUUCUUUUAUAUAUAUAUAUAUAUAUAUAUAUAUAUAUAUAUAUAUAUAUAUAUAUAUAUAUAUAUAUAUAUAUAUAUAUAUAAUUUGGUUAAUGAUGUUUGUGCCUUUUAAACUGAAUUAAUGCUUCUCUGCUUAA